AUGUUUCGAACAGCCACCGGUGUGUGCAUACGAAGAGAGCAGGAAGAAUCUCUGAACUUAGCACGGAAAAUAGCCAUUUCUAAUGGCUACGAAACGGUGAUAGCUCCUCAGGAUAGGUCUAGAAGAAGAGUUGUACCUCCAAACGAUCGCAAGUGCUCGGAUUGCUACGACUUUUGUCUGCCAGAUUACGGUAUCGAGCGUGAUUCGAUGCAGGGAGAAGAGCACCUGAACAUCAUCAAAAGGAUCUGUUUCUAUUUGUUUGUGCCUGAAUGGCGGACGUACGCACAGGCGAACUCUAUUGAACAGUAUCAUCGUCGUUUAGAAACUAUACAAAAUGUAACCGGAAACUUACCUGAACACCUAAACGCUGCUGCAACGAGCGUGCUGGCUGCCAUCGGUGAGAUGGCGCAGGGCGCGCGAGCUGGAGUCUUCGGUCGAACCAACAACGUCGAGCCAGCUCAGAACAUCUACCAUAACGGGAACGGCAACACUAACGCAUACAACGGAUUUAUGCAAGCGAACGUGAAUGGAAAUCCUUCCAAUCCGGUCGGUUUUAUUCCGGCGGCUGUCAAUGGCGUCGUGAACAUGAACGGCGUUAACGGGCACAACAGCAACACCGCUUACAGUAUGAACGGCGAAACCUCAGCUAAUUAUGGCAUCUCUGCCAACAACGGCUUUGCCGGUAAAAGUCCUUACCCAUCAGACAGAUCCAAUUUGCCACAAGGAAACAUAAUGGGUUACUCUCACAACGGAAUUGGACAAGAAUACAACGGAAACUAUGGCAGCCCGAAUCAAGCGAGCGAUCAGCCCAUGGACUCCUACAGAAAUAACGGCAUCGGUAUGAUGCAAAGUUACAACGAAAGACCAUUGUACUCAGGUGCAAAUGUUGAGCAUGGACCCUACGUUCCUCAGGCAGAACAUCCUAUUCAGGGAGUUGCCGGCAUGCAACUACCUUUAGACGUCACCGGAUCCCAUACGGGCUAUCGACCUGAUAUUAUUCCGAAUCCUCAUUACCAACAGCAGCAACAUCAAUUGGCACAGCAACGAUGGGGUUAA